UAUAUAAAGGUGUAGCAAUACGGCCUUUCAUACAACCCCUUCGUAGAAAUGGCUAUUCAAACACUCAUUCGAUCAGAAUUUGACAAUCUGCUAUUUCGUCAUGCUUCGAAGUGUGGCGCAACUGUGUUCAACAACACAAGAGUCACUGAAAAUCAGCUCGAGGGCGAAAGGCCUGUUUCAGCUGACUGGAGGAAUACUAGCACCGGGACACAGGGCCGCAUCUCUUGCAGCUACCUGGUCGAUGCGUCAGGAAGGAACGGGAUCAUGUCCACAAAGUAUCUCAAGAACAAACGCUAUAAUCGGGCCCUCAACAACGUCGCAUGCUGGGGUUACUGAGACGGAACCGGGUCUUACAUGCCGGGUACCACUCGCCAGAACACUAUCUGGGUCGAAGCAUUUGAGGGUACAAAAGCAACUCGAAAUCACCACGCUGAGCCUGAUGUCUGCAGACGAGUCUGGAUGGGCUUGGUUCAUUCCUCUCCAUGAUGGGUCCAUAUCUGUAUGAAUUGUGAUGGAUCAACAUUCAAGCAAUCGCAAGAAGGUUUCCUGUACAACCUCAGGAACAUCCAGCUUCCCAUGUGUAUGCAUUGUGGUCAUCACAGCCG